AUGGUGGCCGCACCUGCCGCCCCGGCGAGCUCGAGGAGCAGCAGGGCCGCAGCGAGGCGAACUCGAGGAGCAGCAGGGCCGCCGGUGAGGAGGAGCGCAAGUGCCGAGGCGGGGAGGAAGGAGGCCGCCGCGGCUUACAGACCCUGCAUCACCGUGGUCGUGGCCGUGGCCGCCCCGCGCGGGCGUGCGCCCCUGCCUCGCCGUGGCUGUGGCCGCCCCGCGCGGGCGUGCGCCCCUGCCUCGCCGUGGCUGAGGCCGCCCCGCGCGGGCGUGCGCCCUGCCUCGCCGUGGCCGCCCCGCACCGGCGUGCGCGGCGAGCCGCACCGAGCUCGGGCGCCGCCCCGUGAAGGUAUCCGCGGCGAGCUCGGCAUCGGGGUGGAGGGCUACGGCCGCCGGCUCGGCGAAGCUCGGCAUCGGGGAAGGGGGCGGAAGGCCGGCGGGAAGAAGAGAUGGGGAGGGAGUGGGAAAAAAUUUAAAUGUGGGUUCCAUGAUGUGGUUGUUGAUAUAGAGAAGAGAUAUAGAGGGUGCAUGGGUGCGGAAGAAUGA